AUGGAUACUGAAGCCAACGUCUUUGAUAAUGGUCGAUUCCCCCCUGGACCCGGGUUACCAGACCCUACUCUCGAGUCCCUGGAAAAGAUCUGGUCAUCCCUAGUCCCCGAGCUUCAAAACGAUCAUUCGCUUUAUGACGAGGCUGUAGGGAAAUUUGUCAACGAACAAAAGACUGCUGUUGAGAAUGCUGAGCAGCGAGCCAUAGAGGAAAAGAACAGCUUCAUACAAAUAUUGGAACGAUGGGAUAAUAUACAGGAUGAAAAGGACGAUGAGAAAAAGUCCAGAUGGCCAAAACGAUUCAGCAGAGACAAUGGCAAGUUCAUGGCAGAAGUACGUGCAAAUAUAUCCAAGCAGCACAGCUGGGAGGAUGUUCUGUCGGCACUCCGUGAAGCCGAGAGUCACUACUCAAAUCCUACCGGAAUCAAGAUCGUGCACAAGUGGUUUCGCAAGGCUACAGAUAAGUCAGCCGCUAUUGAACCUUAUAUCAACUUCAUUCCCAGUGGCACGUACACGUCAGUUAUAUGUUCUGGCCUCACAUUCAUUUUACAGGCAUGCGCCGCCGCCAAGAAAUUCCGCGAGGAAUCGUUCGACCUCAUCAACAGGCUGCCUGACAAGGUUGACUUAGUCAGCCAGUAUUCAGAGCUGUAUAAGGAUGAUUUUAGCCUUCAGAUAGCAGCCUAUGAUCUCUAUUAUGAGAUAUUGCAUGCAAUCAAGGGCCUGAUCCACUGGCUGUUGAAAGACCAUACCUUACAAGAAGUUGAAUUCUUGAAAGUCCUGGGACAGCAAACUUCUUAUGACCCUUUGAAAGGGCGCCUGGAAGAGGUGGGAAAAAAGUCAGCCCGAUUCGAGGAAGUCAUCGACCUUUGCAAUAACAAGAAGCAAGCCGAAAUUAGCAAAGGCGUAAAUGGGCUUGAGCAGCUGUCCAAGGCCAAAAAUGAGACUGCAGAUCUUAACCAUCAAGAUCCGCCGGUGGCUUACAUUUCUAAGGAUGAGUUGCUCUCUUUACUUCUCCCAAAAACUUCAUAUAGUCCAGACCAAUCACUUGUUGUGUCUCCCUUCGAAUUGCCACUGGACCAGGUUCUUCAUGCUGGGUUCAGAAUGGAUGAAUCGGAGCAGGCUCGAACGCGCUGGAUGAUGAACAACAGCCUAUUGAGCAAGUGGUUCCAAUCAACCAAAUCGCGAAUGUUACUUGUCAAUGGCAACCAUAAGCUGGAGCGGGUAGCUCCAACCUCUUUCUUUUGCUCCAUGUUGGCCAAAAGCCUGAAAGCAGCCGAGUCCCUCGUUGUGUUGACUUAUUUCUGUGGCCUCAGUACUCCUUGCGAGAGUGAGCCAUACAACGACGCUGGACUACUCCGUGAUCUCAUAGGCCAGCUAGUCACACAAUGGAGAUUUGGUGACUUGACAUGCCUUGACCCAAGAUUUGUAGGGAAGUUGAAGGAACAGAGCCCCAAAAUACGGCUCAAGACACAGCGACGUCUGCUCCGUAGGCUGAUUGCUGCACUGCCCCAGAAGACUCCAGUUUUCGUUUUCAUCGACGGAGUUAACUACAUCGAAACUGAAGACUUUGUUGAUGAGACCAACAAGGCUAUGGAGAUGCUCAGCCAGCUUGUUUAUAAUAAAGGUAUUGGGGCGAUGGUAAAGGUCUUUGUGACGAGUUCAACGAAAGCAUGUAAUGUAAAUGACUACUUCGAGGUUGAUGAAGUAAUAACAGUUCCCGAGGAUGCAGGAACAAACACUAAUGGACUUAUCGAUGUACAGUUUAAGUCAGGUCUAGGGAGUCAAAUUGUAAGAAUAGGAGAAUAA